AUGCAAUACCAUCCUACCACCCACGCUACACGGAUACCCAAAACUACAAACACAUGCAACUACCACUCUACCACCACCAGCUACCACAAAGUACCACAAACUGAAAACACCACUGCAAUACCAUUCUACCACCACAGCUACACAACGGAUACCACAACUGUACCACAGAAAUACCAUUCCUACCACCACAGCUACCACAAAGGAUUACCACAACUGGAUACCAAAGCUGAAAUCACCACUGCAACUACCACUCCUACCACCACAGCUACCACUACGGAUACCACAACUGAAAACACGUCUGCUACUACCACAACAGCUACCACAAUGGAUACCACAACUGAAAACACCACUGCAACUACCACUCCUACCACCAAAGCUACCACUACGUAUACCACAACUGAAAACACCACUGCAACUACCACUCCUACCACCACAGCUACCACAACGGAUACCACAACUGCAAACACCCUGCCAACUACCACUCCCUAA